CCUGUUUUCUAUUCUUCAUUUUUGGCUCAGAUCUUACAGGAGAUCCACUCACUGACUUUCAUCUGGUUGUCUGUCCAGACAUCAUUGACCCCUUCUCACAGUUUAGCUCCAGCCAACGUGUACGCCAAGCAACGAUAAGCAGCGCCCCGUUGCGUUGUCGCGGUGUUCUCGACCAAAGAGCCGGACCCACAGAAUGUCAACAUAGCUGUUUGCGCAUACGACUUGCGACAGCUGAACAUUUACAAUCACGACCACGCCUCCUCUGGCGAUACAGACGGCUCUCCCAGGGUUGAGGUUCUUGCAUGGUUUAUUGUUGACACAUUUUUCUCUGUUGAAUUACCCCCGCUGUGCCCGCGCGACGGUAACCCCCCUUGUGCACCGACGCUACACCGCAAUUCAAUUCAAUUCGCAACACCGCUCCCUCCCCAGAUCACAGACAACCUCACUCACCACCACCACCACCACCACCACCACCACAAUGCGCCCCCUCCCCCUCCCGCUCUGGGCCUUAAUAUCCGCCCACCUCUCCCUCGCCGAACAACAAACUCCCCUCCAACAACCAACCGCCAUCCGAAAAAUGCCCCCCAAUAACCCCUCGCUCAAAUUCCACUCCCACUUUUGCGCCUUCGACCCCUCCCAUACAUCCCCUUCCAACUCUUCUGCUGCGAUCCUCCUCCCGAGAGAUGGAACCUCCUUCUCCGCCCCCCUCCGCGCAGUCUACAACCCCCCUCUACCCGCAUCCCCCAACCCACAACGACGAGGGGUGCUGGGAGUAAGCAAAAGACAGUGGUCCUGUCCGACAGACACCCUAUUAUGCAGCAACAUUGGCUACCCCAACAUCUGCUGCUACGAAGGGUCGACAUGCAUCAAAGUCCCGGAUACUGGCUUGGGGUCGGUGGGUUGCUGCCCGGAUAACACCCAGUGCACGGGGGGCGUGACGAGUUGCGGGGAGGGGGGGGUUGGGUGCCCGAGUGAGGUUGGGGGAGGGUGUUGUUUGACGGGGUGGGUUUGCGGCGGGUUGGGUUGUGUCAAGGAGGGGAUAGUGUCCACUCCUGUUCCCAUCCCAACCACAACCACGACCUCGGCUCCGCUGGAGGCAACAACAACAACGACUUCAGAGUCGAGUUCUGCUCCGGAAACGACGUCAACUCGACCCCAAUCAUCGACAACUACGUCUGAUGACGCCCCGGAGACGUCUACAACGGGUGAACCGGGAUUUUGUCCCACGGGGUAUUAUGCUUGUCUUGCUCGUGCGAAUAACGAGGGGGGGUGUUGUCAGAUAGGUCGGGAUUGCGCCGAGACUGAUUGCCCGCCUUUGACUUCCUCGACGACGGUGGUUGAUGGCAAUGGGGUGACGAUUGCGGUGCCGAUGCCGACUGGUGCGCCGCCUGUGAUGGGGGAUGAGUGUGCUAAUGGGUGGUUCAUGUGCAAUGAGAGGGAUGAAAGUGAGGGGUGCUGUCCUGAUGGGUAUGGUUGUGGGGCGGCGAGUUGUACGCUUGUGAGAGCGGGGGAGACGGCUGGGGUUGCGAAGGCUUUGCCGGGGACGGGGGCUGCUGUGAGGUAUGAGGGGGUUUUGUGGGAGCUUUGGUUGGGGUGGCUGGGAUGGUUAUGGCUUUUUGAAUGGGGGGAGGGUGGUGGGGGUGGGAUCUGGUUUAAAGUGACAGGAAUGGGUCAUGAUAAUGUAAUGGUAUGGGUGGUAUGA